AUGGAACCCGAAAACAUUGACUGGGACAGCAUCGAUUCUACGUUCGAUCAAGACGACGCGUACGAGAACUUUGCUGCGCCUAAAUGGGUUGAUCUCACUGCUUCGGAUGAACCUCUUGUUGAUGAUGAAGCCUGGUUCUGCACUCACGAUUGCAAGCAUCCAAAAACUGCCGAAGAUUUUCUUAAACCCACGACCACAAGCAACUCCAAGGCCAAGCUAUUAAGACUUGUAACAAUUUCUGAAAUUCUUCCCUUUAGAGACAGAAAUCGAAGGGAAAAUUCUUCAGCUGUGGAAAGUUCCUAUGCCAAGUCUAGUGAGAAAUUCAGAAGACCCAGUUUUUCAGGGAACUUUCAUGAAGACAACGAGAAUAAAGAUCCAAAUUUUUCAGCUCCAAAUCAAAAUUUUAAGACAAACAAGCCAAAGAAGAAGCCAUUGAUGAGGCCAAACAAGGACAAUGCAAAACAGUUGAAUGGUCAAACGGAGUGUUCUGUGAAAAGUCAUGGAAAAUCUAAGCUGAGGAGUACUUUCUCGGCACAAAAUUUGUUGGGUGGGAGAGAAAUUUUGAGUCAAAUAAGUGGGUUCUACUCAGAAUUGAAGAGGCUUGCAAGGAAGGGUUCUAAGAAAGGGACAAAUGAGAAAGUUCAAAGUUCAAGUGUGGUGUCAGAAGAAGUGGAGAAGAAAAGGGUACCUCUGCUUGUGGUCAAGGACAACCAUGAAUAA